AUGAAUCAUCUUAGAGACAGUAGUGCUGAUUUUGAUGUUAUUGCUAGCAUUCCUGCUGGUCCUAUUCCAGCAAAUAUAGAUAAAAAGUGGAUUUUGAUAACAUCCUCCUGUGCUUUAUUGACAAUUUUUGGAUUCGCAUUGAUUAGUUCAGGUGCUGUUCGCUAUAAAUCAGUACAAUCAUCAGUCAUAACUAUCUUAUUGGGAUCAGUUUUAAGCAUAUUGUUUUUUUGGUUUGUAAAUAAAAUAUCUUAUUAACUGAAAGUUAGGAUAUGGUUUUGCAUUUGGAGAUGACUAUGGAAAUAAAUUCGUUGGUUUAAGUAAAUUUGCAGGAAGUGGAUACUAGAUUGAAUUAGUUGAAGAUGAUUAUACGAAUUUUAGUAAUAGAGAUAGAUUAUAAUUAAUUUAGUUUUCUAAACAGUAGGAGUAAUAAUUGUUGCAUCUCUAUAUGGAUUAGGAACAUUAGAAAGAUCUAGAUUCUUUUCAAUUGGUUUAUGUUUAGCAUUUAUAACAAGUUUUUUAUAUCCAAUAGCACUUCAUUGGGUCUAACCUAAAGGAUGGUUAGGUGCUUUUGGGUUUGUAGAUUUUGCAGGAUCAAGUUAUAUUCAUUUUUUUGGUGGUAUUACAGCAUUAGUUAUUUCAUUCUUUUUAAAAGAGAGAGGAGAUUAAACUGGUAAUAUGCAUCCAAGUACUUUCCCUCAUCAUUCUCCAAUUAAUAUUGGAUAUGGUUCAAUUAUUUUGACUAUUGCAAUUAUAUUAUUUGUUAAUUGUGCUAAUCCAUAAGGAUAAUAUGAUAAAUAUGAAUAAGGAUUAAUAGCAGUUAAUACUGUUGUAGCAUCAACAUUUUCAGCAAUAACUAGUUUCUGUUUAUAAUAUUAGAAAACUUAUUAAAUAAGUUUAAUUGCAUUAACUUAAGGUAGUGUUACUGGUAUUGUUGCAAUUUCAUCUAUGGCUAAUGAUGUUAGAAUUUCAGGAUCUGCAUUUACUGGUGUUUUAGCUGGUAUUAUUUAUGUUAACCUCACAAUUAUAAUUAAAAGAUCUCGUAUUGAUGAUCCUGCUUAAACUAUUGCUACACAUAUGGUAUUCCACCUAAAUUCAUACUUUAGGGUCCUGGUCUCUUAGGAACCAUUUUAGUUGGUUUUCUAAGUAUUACCAAAGGUUUGAUGACUGGUCAUGGUGCUAAAUAAUUGGGAUUAUAAAUUGUGGGAAUAUUAGUAUUGAUUAUAUGGGGACUUUUAGUAGCCAUCUCUAUUUUCUCAUUAAAAAGUGUUGGUUUACUUAAAAUUAAUCCAUUUUAAGAGUAAUAAGGAAUUGAUAUCAGUUAUGGUAAUUAAUAAUUUAAUUAUUUUGUAGCUGAAGGAGAAGCUAUUCAAUUUUUAGAUGAAUAACAAGAACCUACUUUAUUUAGUAUUUCUCCAAAAAAGGGAAUCUUUAAAUGA